CAAUGAAGCCUCAAGACACCAUGAACAACACCCAUUCCGACUUGGAAUCUGCUCCUUUACUACCUCAAUACUCAUCUGAGGAUGAAAAGCAGGCUCGACAGCCCGCUUUGUAUGAUGCUGCUGGCCGUCCACUUUAUCUUUACCCUUACUUACAAUCCCCCGGACAUGCUACUUCGUCACCUGCUACUCCUGCUGUAACUCGUUGCACUGGCCAUUGCUCAGAACAAUCGACAAAGUGCCGUAGAAACAGAGGCGGCUGCUGUCGCUUCCUAUGCAAACUCAUCUUCUUUGUUAUUUUUGUCAAGAUUGUUACUGCAAUCAUGUUUGGUUGCUAUUAUACUCACAACAACUUCAGCGCUGUUCCCACAUAUACUGUUCGUACUGGAAAUACUGCUUGGCCAAAUAUUAAUGCUAUGGAAGUGGAAUUCACAAAGGGAAUGGAAACUCACCUCAACUUUGUCACUACAGAUUCCGACUCUACCAACACUGACAAUGUCAAAAUGUCGUAUUCUCUUGCUUAUACUCGAGAAACCCUUGAUGGUGACCUGGAUAUUGAUACGAUUGUUGUAAACAAUGCAUUGCGCCUUGUUGUCAAUCCUCCAAAAAUUCCUCAUGAAGAGAAACUGCGUUUGACUGUUGAUAUUACUCUUCCUGCCAUACUUGCUGAUGAUGUCAUUUCCCAGUACCAAAAAUCGAUUCUUGCCAAGGUUGCUGCUGGCCACGUAUAUAUGCAUACACCGACUGGAUUUACUCGAUCUGAAAAACUCAUGUCUACCAACAAGGCUGUCUUUAACAAUAUUGGUAUUCACGUCGGUGCCGGUAAUGUCAAAAUCAAUGAUGUGAUUGUCAUUGCUGGAAGUGUUCAUAUUGGCUCAGGAAAUCUUGAUGCCAAUCUGAUUGCUUCAGAGCAGAUGGAUGUUGAAGUGGGUGCAGGCAGUGUUGAACUGCAUCUCGAUACAUCCAUUUCAACUCUCUUGAACAAAAAGCACACACCUGUUCAGCUGCAAGGUCCAGCCGUUAAUAUUCAAGUUGGUUCAGGCAACGUGCAAGGAGAUGUUACCAACUACAACAGUCUUUACGUCAGUGUAGCAGCUGGAGAGAUCAGUCUAGGCAUAUCUCCUGAACAAGGGUCUUCAACGAUUGCAUCCACCAAGGCCGGCGAGGUCAAUCUACGAGUAGUUGAUAUGCCGACCAGCAGAGUUCAUAAGUUUGUGGGUAAAUUUACUGCCGAAUCAUCUAUUGGAAGUGUUAGUGUCAAGGGCAAGGAUGUUACAGUUGAUCAUGAAAAGACUGGAUUUUUCGGGGUUGUUCGAGCUGGUCAUGUUGGUAGCCCUGAUGCUGCUAACCCAAGUAUGAUUGAGGCUAGUACCAAUGUUGGUAGCGUUUCUCUCAAAUUUUAAGCUUGGCAUAUCUGAGCAUCAACGAUUACCACUUGCACACUUAUUUUAUGAUAAUAAAGCUCGUGUAUUUCAAGACAUCU